AUGAAGUUAUUACGCCUUAAAACGCGUGAAGCUCGUCCGGGCGAGAUCAAGAACAAUGAGACCUCAACGACAGCUAUACUUUCAAUAGGUCUGGAGGAGUUCAACGACAACGACAUUCCACCAUAUGCUGUACUUUCUCACACAUGGGAAUCAAGACCCGAGCACGAGGUUCUCUUUUCCGAUUUUCCAAUGGAAACGAGGGUUUUGGAGAGAAAACCUGGCUACGCCAAACUUGUAAACUUCUGUUCCAUUGCGAAGUCAAAAGGAUACAAUUAUGCCUGGAUGGACACCUGCUGUAUCAAUAAAACGAGCACGACUGAGCUGGCCGAGGCCAUCAACUCCAUGUACAAAUUGUAUCAGCAAGCUGGUAUAUGUAUCGCAUAUUUAAGCGAUUUUGACUCAGCAGCAAGUAAUGGGCAUCGUCAUCUUCGCGAACGAUUACAGACAUGCCGUUGGUUUACUCGCGGUUGGACGCUCCAGGAGCUCAUUGCCCCACGCUGGAUGGAAUUCUUCGGCCGCGACUGGCACUAUAUUGGGACAAAACGAGAGCUCAAAGAACACAUCUCAAACAUAACCCGUAUUCCAUGGAGAGUGCUGCUGGGCGACCCACCUGACACCUGUUCCAUCGCCCAGCGUAUGUCGUGGGCCGCCGGGCGUACGACAAAGAGGCCAGAAGAUCGAGCAUACAGUCUCCUGGGUAUCUUCGAUGUCAACUUACCGAUGCUGUAUGGCAUGUCCGACGCGCAAAAUGCUUUUGUGACCCUCCAGAAGGCCAUUAUGGAACACUCGGACGACCAGACAAUUUUCGCCUGGACCCGUGCGCUACCAACUAAGGGCCGUGGACACUGCGGCCUCUUGGCCACGACUCCUGAUGCGUUCGCCGACAGUGGACAUGUUGUCCGGUCUCCCUCUCCUGUGAUAUUCAAUCCAGAGGGAUAUGGAUUCAAGAAUGUGGGUCUGACACUCCAGAUGUGCACGAAGCCUUAUGCUGGUAGAACCUAUCUUGCGUUGCUCGACUGUGUCGAUGAACGGUUGCCAAGGGACCAAUUCGCCAUAUUCGUGGAGCGUUUGGCUGACACCUCCCAGUUUGCUCGCGUUCGUGUAGGUGAUGCCAGCAUUCAGGCCAUACGUCGUGGGGACUCCGAUCGGGACUGGAAGGUGCAGAAUAUCUGUGUCCAGCAACGCCCUGGGCCGGCGGUGAAUGAACGCUACGGAUUUUGGCUCAGAACAUUGGACAUCCCUGGUCUCAGCCCAACAGAAGUGCGUCGAUCCUUGGUCUGGUCAAAUCGUCCGACAGAGCACGAGUCCAACAAGGGUUGGGUCUUUGAUAUAGCCAGUGGAACAACAAGUACUGCAGGCAUCGUCUACCUCCCAAAACGGCAGCGCAACACAUCACUGGGCCAGGUUCGAUGGAUCAAGAUCGGGUUUGACGGCGACUUUUCACCGGUGAUUCUCCUUGGGACUAGAACGACAUUAUGGGGCCCAACCCCUUUCAACCUCGCACCCAGCCCGAACAAACUGCCGCGGCAAAGUAUUGGAGCCGGCCAUUCGAGACCCGACUUAGGGUUCUUCAACGAUCAAUGGAUGAAGCAUGGGUCUAAAUACGGCAAGUUCAAGUACGCAAACAAACCGCAUCACCACGACGUAGCCCACGUCUACGACGGAAGUGGCCUUCCCGUCGAUUCAGUGAGUAUCAUACGCGAUGCAGAAUCUAAAGAAAUAUCCCAGCGCACGUUCAAGAUGCGAGCAGGUCUUGACCUGGACAUCAAGAUCGGCAUGACGCGUUGCCUUGCGCCACCGGGUAGCAGUGAAGACGAGUCGACAAGCACGUGGUGGAUUCGUACGAUCGAUAUCACCGCCGCUUCACAUGCAUACUUAGCCUCUCCUACUCCUUCUCUUCCGUCUAGCGACGACUCUAUGAUAUACAUUCGCCGCAACCGACCCAGCGAAGACGUUGAGAGGCGAGGAAAGAAGGAACAGAGGACGCUUUUGGCUAUGGCUGGGGCAGCACUGGCGGUCCCAUUCCUGCAUAGAGCGCUCUCAUCCGAAUCUGGACAGAAUCUUAUUCGCCACUUCACCGGAGAGUCCACGGAGAAACAACGAAAGAUCGAGAGCGGUACCGCAGCGCCUCGCAGAUAG